UGGAAAGAGAGAGAAACACGGAUAAUUAAAAAAAAAUCACCAAACAUGUUGCCUUCCCAAGAAGCCUCCAAGAUCUACCAUGACAAUUACAUGCGCAACUCCCGGGCCAUCGGGGUGCUCUGGGCCAUCUUCACCAUCUGCUUCGCCAUCGUCAACGUGGUGGUGUUCAUCCAGCCCUACUGGAUCGGCGACAGCGUCAACACGCCGCAGGCCGGCUACUUCGGCCUCUUCCACUACUGCGUGGGCACCGGGCCGUCACCCAGCCGGGAGCUCACCUGCGCGGGCAGCUUCUCCGACUUCAACUCCAUCCCGUCCGGAGCCUUCAAGGCGGCCUCGGUGUUCGUGCUGCUGUCCAUGGUGCUGAUCCUCAGCUGCAUCGCCUGCAUGGCGCUCUUCUUCUUCUGCAACACCUCCACCGUUUACAAGACCUGCGCCUGGAUGCAGCUGCUGUGCGGAGUGUGCCUGGUGCUGGGUUGCAUGAUCUUCCCCGAUGGAUGGGACGCCGAGGUGAUCCGGGACAUGUGCGGGGAGCAGACGGGGAAAUACUCCCUCGGAGACUGCUCUGUCCGCUGGGCCUAUAUGCUGGCCAUCAUGGGCAUCCUGGACGCCCUCAUCCUCUCCUUUCUGGCCUUCGUCCUGGGUAACCGGCAGACAGACUUCUACCUGGAUGAUCUGCAGACGGACAACAAAGAUUUUGCUGUGUCAAGGAUUGAGGUGCGGGACAGACGAGAGCCGAGGUAUGGAGUUCAGCGUCUUCACUGAGGGCACCGACGACCCCGGACAACUUCUUCUUCUCCUCUUUUCUCUCUUCUUCUUUUCUCUUCUCUCUGUCAUGCAUAUCUUUCUUUCCCUUUCCUCUCUUUUUCUCUCCAAUGAUCAGGAUAUCACCCAAACUUAAUGCAGACACCAAGUGUACAGGAUUCUGUAAGAUAAAAAACAACAGAACACACUGGGAUAAACUAUAUUUUGAAGAAAAAAGUUAUACAAGGUUGUACAGUGCAUUUAA